AAACAAGUGGGUAAACAGUCAACACUGGGAGUGUCAACAUACCAGUUAAGUCAAUGUCGUUGAAGAAGACGAGUUUACGACAACCGAGAUCUCAGACUAACAAGGCAUGAGCUCACAUACGCAACGCAGGGGGAUCCAUGUGGAUCAGGCAGAACUGCUCUGUCGGAAAGGAUGUGGUUACUAUGGAAACGCAGCCUGGCAAGGCCUGUGUUCCAAAUGCUGGCGGGAGGAGAAUCAGCCAUCUCAUAUGAAGCAGAUCCAGGAAGACAGGAAACUGGCAGAGAGGCUGCAAAGAGAGGAAGAAGAAGCUUAUGCAAGUAUCCAACAGGGAGCACACUCUCAACUCUCCAGUUCCCUCUUUGGCAAGUCUGAUGAGAAGAGGACCAACCAGAUAACACGAAGGGUCCCAACAGUUAAAAAGCUUUUCUCUCCAUCUUCUAAGACAACCCCUAAAAAAGAUGUCACGGGGCCUGAGGUACAGACCAGCCCUAGCUCCUCCAGCAGUCAUCAACCCGCUGUGGAGACUGAUCGAGCCACCAGGGACUUCAUUGACUUCCUUAGGACUCUUCACAAGCCUGGACGAGAGAUCUUUAAGCAGAGCAGAGCCUUCACAGAGAGCAUGGUCUACAAGAGGGGCCUUGGAGCACAGGAAAUCUCUGAGCGUGUGCAGGAUUUUUAUCAGAACCUGUCUGACAACUUGCAAACUGUGUUCAAAGGGUCUCCAGAGCAAGUGGAGACUGUUAUGGAUGAGGUGGAGAAAUACGUCACGACGCGCCUGUACGAGGGGGUCUUCUGCCCGGAUUCUACAAACGAUGAGAAAGAAGACCUGGCCAUCCAGAAGAGAAUCAGAGAAUUACACUGGGUGACUACUGAGAUGUUGUGUGCUCCUGUGAAUGCAGAGCUGCCCAAGGUGUCAGACAGUGUGGAGAAGGCCGUCACAGAGAUUAUCGAGAUGGACGCCAAGCGGGUGCCCAAAGAUAAGCUUGGCUGUAUCACCAGAUGCAGUAAGCACAUCUUCAGUGCCAUCAAGACCAGCAAGAGCGAGGCGGCCUCGGCCGACGACUUCCUCCCCACCCUCAUCCACAUCGUCCUGAGGGCCAAUCCACCCAGACUGCGCUCCAACAUCCAGUACAUCACCCGCUUCUGUAUCCCCAGCAGGCUCAUGAGCGGAGAGGACGGCUACUACUUCACCAAUCUGUGCUGCGCCGUGACCUUCAUUGAGAAGCUGAACGCACAGUCUCUGAACCUGAGCAGCGAGGACUUUGAGCUCUACAUGUCGGGCCAGGUGUCUCCUCAGAGACCACACGGCUCCGGGGGGUCGCCUCGCAGCGCUCUACAAGCCGAACCCUCCACCAGGGGCGACGCUUCGGUCGCACAGCUCAGCCAGAGGAUGGACUUGCUUAGCGGGCUGGGCGUCCGACAGGACCGCGUCUUGGAGGGGGCGCGCAGACUGGAGGCCGACCUCAUUGAGUGGACCGACGGGGUGGAACAUUCGGUGCAGGACGUGCUGGAGAAGUUACCCUUGGAGACGAGGCCCGACGCUACCUCCGCCCUCGACUCUGACAACGUCGACAAUGAAGGACUGCCCCCGCCGCUCCAGCCACAAGUGUUUGCUGGAUAGUGCUCUUAUUAUGGUGCUUCGAUAUUUGACCCCUUAACCACCCGGUCCGCACUGACUCUCGUGCUGUAGACCCUGUUACUUUCGUCACGAAUGGGUUUUUUUUAGAUCUCUCCAUCUGUCUCAGGUGAUGAACCUUCCUAUCUUGUCUUUCAGGUCAGUGGGAAAAAAAAAAUAUUUUGCACAUAUUACAAUGUUAUAGUCGAGCUCAUUUCAGCUCAUACAUCACACGUUGUGGUAGAGCUGAGCUGUGCCUCUCCUGUUAACGGUGUCAGACGUUGAAUGACUCCUCUAAAAACGCAAAUAACAACAGGGAACUGAGAGAGGCACCUAGCUCUCCCACAUCCAGUUCGUUCUACUUGUAUUUAUUUUAGAGCAAAAAAGACAGAGUAGAUAAUUAGCGUGCACUUUCAGUGGUACAACCUCUCAAGGAAAUGGUGUAAAAAAACAAAAAAAAAAACAAUCCAUCAAUCUCUUUAUCUUAGUUU